AUGGCAGCUCCCAUGGCUGAAGAAGUGGCUAGAAAAGUCAAGAAGUACGUUGAAGUCCGAGUCCUCUUCAACGACACCGUUGCGUCCGAAUCGUUUUUGGUUCCAGCUUCGAAGGCAUCGAGGCUCCACGAUCUCUACCUUAGAAUCAGUCGCAAGACCGACGUUGGCGGCCAUGGACUCUUCAACCUCGACAGAGAGGACCGCCCUGGCCUCUACACUGGCAACCUGUACCCGGUGUUGGUUGUCCUGCAAGAGAACUCCGUGCAGAAACAUCACCUGCGACAUUGUCGAUGGAUCAUUGUUGGAUGGGACGAUUUGCAGGUGUACACCCGAUGGUACGAGCGUGUUGUUCAAGGUUCGAACCAAGGAGAAAUCUUCAAGGUGGAAAUGAGAUUGAAUAUGACGCGAGACAAGACCCCCCUGUCGCCUGAACAGGUGGCAGCCUUCAAGGCAAUGAGGGAGACUCUCACGGCGGCUGGCAUGGGUGAAGAAGUUUUGGAAUGGCAAGCUCCCCCAAGCAUGUUGACGCUCGACGAUUUCAAGAACAGAAACGUCUGGGAAUGGCACCCUGCCUAUGCACAUGAGGCAACCUUCAACUAUCGCAGUAUUGCCGCGGUGCCGCCGACUGACGAGUGGUUUCCCUUGAGGGAUCCCGUCUCUCCAUUGGUUACCGAUGGAACAUGUGUUGCGUGCCUGAAGACCGUCAAGGAGCUUGGUGUUCCGACAAUGGGCAAGAAGGCGCUGAAGAAGGCCAAGGCCAAGGCCAAGCGCGAUGCGGCAGCGGCGGCUGAGGCAGAAGAGGGUGAGGAGGGGGAAGAUGAUGACAUGGCGGGCAUGGUCGAGAAGAUGGAGAUUGUUGACGAUGGAGAGGAUGGAGAGGAAGAUGAAGAGGAAGAUGAAGAUGAAGGGGAAGAGGCUGGUGGUCCAGAGGAUGACGAGAUGGACAUCGAUUAG